AUGGUAUCGACACGUCAAUCAAGUAACAUGGGAAGCAGCAGUAGCAGCGGAUCGGUUGGUGAAGUUGUGGAAGUAAAUUCGUUAAAAAAGCACCAUUCUGUAACAGCUGGUACGUCUAACAGUGGGCCCACCAUUGAAUCACGUAAUCUGAAUCUCUUGGAUUUACCCGUUGAAGUCCUCGAAAAAAUCUUUGGCUACCUAGGCUUUAAUAUGGUAGCCCACAUGCGCCUGGUUUGCCAUCAACUGGACCGUAUUUGUGGAUCAAUAUUGAACUCUACAUUUCAAAAGCUACAGGCUCAAAUGUUAAGCCGUUUUCAGAGCAUCAAAGCACAAAUGCCCAGACGCGAAUCCGCACGUCGGAAUCACCCAUUGGCGUGCGAGUCUGAUAUUAUAGAAACUCUGCAUAUGCGGCUUACUCUACUACAAAUGAGUUUCGGCAAACAUAUUGAACGGAAGCAUUGCUGCUUCUUCCCUGGUGAGAUUUUAGAUGAAGUUUAUCGUAUUCUCCAUUAUAUAAAGGUCACUCCGAAAUUACAAAGACCUUACAAAGUCACAGAUGAAUUGUUUGAUCUGAGCACUAUGGCCAUGGAAUAUUUCAAGGAACACAUUGAACCAACAUUACCAGAAAUACCUUAUUUUGGUGCUGACUUUCUGGAUCUUGCAGGAACAUUUUCUUCUUCUAGUAGCGUGAGUAAACCAUUUAUGUGCCUGGAUUCUGCGCCCUUAACCGUUGGAAAUGGAAAAACGGGUAAUGCCGGUGAGGAAGAAGGUUCUUCGUCGCAUUGCUCGGACGAUCCUGGUCUCUUGGAAUCCAAUGUAUCACCUCCACAAUCGAAUAUGGUUUUGCGAAAACGAAUUCGUAAGAUCAAGCAGGGCAUGAGACGAUACAACAGUCAACUAACAUUGAUGCGCAGGGAUUUGAAGAGUUGCAAGGCGAAAAUUGCGGAUCAACAGAAACAGAUUGUGGAAUAUGCUACUCGAUUAGAUGACAAUGACAAGAAGAACGAAGAAACAUCGCGGAAAUUCAGCACACUUCUACAGGAAUUGAACAAGUGUAAAACUGAGCUACAAUAUUGGCGAUCCAAAUCACCAGCGAUACCAGUGUGUGUUGGUUGUGGCCAAUCAAUGCCAGUACCUACGGAAGAUUUGCAAGCUUUAGCCAAUCAGGGAGUGCUGCCAGAUACGUUUGGCGAAGGACACGACUUCAUUCCCAUCGCGGAUGCUCACAGUCCCACCGAAGUGGUACAGCAAUCUGUAGUUACGCAAUCUCCGUCGACGCCGACGGUGGACAUGGCACCUCCAAAGGCUCCCGUGCCUUCGAUAUCCUUUAAACGGAGAUCUACCGUAGAGGAAACGUCGAGUGAUGCCGCGAAAAAAUCACGUCGCACUGCCAAGUCUCGUCAGGCUAAGCGCUCAAAGAUAUAAAUUGAUAACACUGAUCAUGGUACAAAUAUUCAAACCAGUCUCUAAUGAGUUUCUGAAAACUUUCUAUGAUGAUUUAUGAACGUUUCUUUAUGCCAGCAAGCUGAUAUGAUCUUAGAAGAGUACAAAAUUUCUCACUGAACGUCCUGCAUCUCGCGCAACGAACCUCGUUUUGAAAAUUUUAGCUGUAUUGAUUGUCGCGAUUGUCAAGAUCGCCAGUUGAUUUUUCAGUUAUCUCACGGAGUUAUCGCCGCCGGCACAUGGCGCACAUUGAUAAAUAUUCUAAAAAAGCCUAGCCGAUCAUUCGCUGUGCUCAUAAAGCAACGUCAAACUAUACUUUCUUGAAUUCUUGUUAGAAUUCAUUUGUUUUUCUUUUUUUAAUUAUUAUCGCGGUACACUCAAGGAUAAUAAUUAAAAUCAUGUCUGUCAUGUUUGUCUUUAUCAUGCAUUUAGCAGCGGUAUCGCACGAAAGAAUGUAAAUGAUAUAGCGACGAAGACUCAUCUUCCAUUUUGCUCUUCGAUCAAACAUACAAACAUGUAGUGGUCUCGUCUUGUUUUUUCAAUUGAUAUAUCUUUUAGUAGAACAUUUGAAUGAUUGGAUAUCGCGAUUUUAAAAUUUUGAUCGAAUACGACAAUAUGGGAAAAUACAUAAAUUCCAUAAUGCGAAUCUAUAUAAAUUGAAUUGGUACAAAACCAAAUAAUUUUUAGAAAAUUAUAAAUUUAUUCAAGCAUUUGGAUCACUUAUUGUCUAUAGAUCGAAUUGAUGCAAACCAAAUAAUUUAAAAAAAAUGAUUCAUUUGAGCAUUUAUGGGCUGUACUCUCUAUGGCAUGAGAUAGCUCGUGGUAAACUCGUGUUUAAAGGAUUUUAAGUGCGAUUUGUGUAUAAGAUGAAGUAUCUAGCAAAUUUUAUUUCGCGAUAUCAAUUAAAAAAUACUAGAAGAAUUCACGACCAGUUCGUUCAGAUAGUGCAAAUACACCAACAACCAUAUCAAUUUGUUUUUAUUAAUUACGCUCGUUCAAAUUAGAAAAUAGAUUCUUUUACAAUCAUUAGAUAUUUUAUUGUCCAGCUGUAGAAAUAAUUUAUGUUCCAUGUUCACAUACUCCGAUUGAAUUGAAUUUGUGGCUGGAUGAAAUCAAAAAAGAUUUAAAAGUAUCUCAAUAGUAAGAUGCGAAACAAUCAGAAAAAAUAUCUGACAAGAAUUUACAUCAUAUUAAAGAGCAAAAUGUUGAAAUGGAUACUUGGAAAGGUGUUAGUUUAUUUUUAUGAAUGCGCCAUUUUACCAAAACAAUUAUGAAAUGGCGUAUACAUUGCAAUAUUAAUAGAACUAGAUAAUUAUUUAUAGGAAUUAUUCUAUUUAGAUAAAAGAAAACAAAUUGGGUAUCAUACCAUUUUUAUAUAUUAUGCGGAAAAAGAAUGAAGUUUUGUUAAUGAAUAAAAUCGACAGAAAUUUGUAUAAAAACAAUGUUUGAAAUUUAAAAUAGUGGACGUUCAUGUUUAUAAAUUAUAAUAAUCGAGGAUAUUUGCAAUCGGUUUUGGAGGUCAGAUGGUUUACAUUGCGUGAUAAACAUUAUUGAUAGGAGCAAUUAAUGUCUUAUUUGCACCGAUUAUCCAAUUAAUAAUCUCAAAGCAGUGUAGUUAGAUAUUGUGAGUUAUUCAUGAUUCUACUUAUAAAAAGAUGGAAAAUACAGAUAAAUAUAUAAGUGA